CAGGAUUGCAAUGAGGCAUAAGAUAGAUCAUCAUGAUUCUGGAAUGUAUUAUGCUGAAGGUGAUACUUCUAAUUCUGAUCUUGACUCAGAUCUAGAGCCUAAACUCGAAAUUCAAGCUUUUAUAACUAAACCAAUUGAUAAAAAUACUUCUACAUCUGAAAUUGAGGAUAUCUAUAGGAAUAUAUAA